AUGGCCCUCACAGGCCGUGGAAGGCCACCUCGACCACCUAGAGCAGAUUAUUUGGCAGCCCGCUUUGAUGCAUUCGAACGGGCUAUGGAGAGCAAGCUUCACGCCAUUCGUGCUAUCAGACUCGACCAGGGCCACCCACAUCCUGUGUCCCCACUGCCAAAAUCCGACUCUCUGGUAGUGUGCCUGGAGGCACACUUCUUCCUAUUCCCUCUCAUCUUGAGAGGUCAGAGAUGGUUCAUACAACCAUCUCCCAACCGUGUCUACACCGGAUCGACGGCACUUCAGCCUUUCCUGAGUGCCAGCUCCCGAAGCGCAUCACGCUUCAACAAAUGCUAA